AAAAUGAACAGCAUUGUCAACUUGUUUAGUAAUUUUAAGGAGUUCUACAGUGAGAUCAAUGGGGCUACACUAACCGGUGCAAUCGAUGUAGUGGUAGUGGAACAACCGAAUGGAUCCUUCAUGAGUUCUCCGUUUCACGUGCGCUUCGGUAAACUCGGAGUGCUGCGCAGCCGUGAGAAGGUGGUCGACAUCGAAGUAAACGGUGAGCCGGUUGACCUGCAGAUGAAGCUUGGCGAGUCGGGCGAAGCGUUCUUUGUGGAAGAAUGUGCGGAAGACGAUAGCGAAGUACCAGAACACAUGGCCACCUCACCCAUUCCUAGCCAUUCGUAUUUGAGCAACUAUGAGGAAAGUGUACAGAAAAAUGAUAGAUCCGGUGAACCCUUAUUUAAUGCUAUAGAAGGAAUUGAAAAUUUGAGUGCAUCUAGCGAAGCAGCUCCUGUGGGAACUGUUGACAUCGGUGGCGGAGCUGUUAUGAGGAUGGUAUCUGGUCAAGUUGGAACACGUGAAAACGACGGUGUUGUAGAGAAUGAAUUAUUGCCUCGUUUGCGUCGAAAUUCGGUCGAUCUCUCAAACGAAAAUCCCGAAUUAGAACGGGCAAAAUUCGAAAACCAAAGAUCCGAGUACAGCUAUCGGCGUCACACGGACAAUCUUACCAAUAGGCCAGAUCUAUCCCUGACCAAGAAGGAAUACACUACGCAAAAACUGCGCCAAGAACUGAAUGCAGCUGCUGAGGCUGCCGAACAGGAGCAGAUUUUCCACAUGGAAGGCUUGGACGUUGGUCCACCUGAAGCUGUAAUUAGCGGACAGGUAGCGAAUGUCGUCGAUUGGGAAAAAAACACUCCCCUACUGCCAGCGUCGGGCGGAGUUGAUCAAGCGUUGGAGGAUAAACAUUUCAAACCAAUCGAUGUACAACCGACCACUGAGCCCGCAUCUGUAGGACAAUCGACUGAGGCUGUUCCUGUGAUGGUAUCAAUGAUACAAUCGGCAAUAUCUAUUGAUGGAGUAGUAGACUCAAAGUCAAAAAAGAAGCGCAGAAAGAAGUCAUUGAUGAAGAAGAAAAAUACCCAACGAAAAAAUUCAGCUAGCAGUAGCUCUGGCGCUGGUUCGAAUCAUUCCGAUCCGAACGAGGGGACGGAAACGGACAGUCUUACAGUGACGGUUUCCUCUACCGGUGGAAGUUCUUUGCCCAAAGAAGAUACAACUGAUGGAAUCGAUCAAGAGGUUCCCGAUAUUAUUAAUCAAGUCAAAAAGGAGGAAAAUGAAACUCUAACACUUGAUGUCCCAACUAUGUCUUCUAGUCAUCAUGUGGAUCUAGAUAUUCAUUUCUUCAGUGAUACCGAUAUUGGAACUGGCGUCAGUCCCCAGCAGUCUCGUCCUUCCACUCCUAUUCAAAGCGAUACUGAGUUUGAGAUGUCACAACGUAAAAAACCCGUUACAGAGGAAGAACGGCUGAUGUGUGGUAACUCGUGGAACUGGGGAGAACUGCCGACGCAAGUAGAAACUAAGUUGGGCGAUGCAGAAGCUGGAAAACAGGCACAUCACAACUCUAUGUUGACUGGUCUGAUGAGUUUAAUGAAAUACAAUAACAAGAAGAAACGUCAUAGUGUACCGGAUGGGAUGUAUCUGUCGGAAUUGGAUAAGCUUAACGAACCGGAGAUUGCUCAACUGUACUUUCCUUCAUUUUCGAAAUUAAAGCAGCAACAAGGGAAGCGAGGCAGUGGUGGCAGCGGUGAUGAAGAUCGUGAGAGUGGCAAUGGAACGUCCAUUCCGCAAAGUCCUGCAUCAAUCGAAGAUGGUCCUGGUGGAAAAGAUUCCGAUUUCGAUGAACGCGAUCAUCUCGCAACGGGUGGCACGAAGAAUUUGAUUGAUCAAUCUAUUAAUUCCUUUGCUCUCUCUCUCUGUGGUGGAUUAGCAAACCUAGAAGGCUCGUCCAAACUUACCGAUGAACAGUUUGACCGUCACCGACUACAAUAUGCAAAUGUACUGGCCGAUCCUAGAGUGUUCAAGUCACCCGAUCUAGUCGUGCGUAUCAAUAACAAGUACUAUAGUUGGGAAGUGGCUUGUCCUCAGGUAAUGACCAUUUUAGCGUUCCAAUGUGGUUUGCCGAAUGAGUUGUUGACUAGCGCGAAGCAAAAGUCAGCUGAUGGAUCGAGAGUGGAAGAAUGCAAGAAGGAAGAGACAUUACAGCAUACGCAACAGCAGCAGCAGCAGCAGCAGCAGCAGACUCAGCCAAAUGUUGGAGGACGUUGGUGGUAUUGGCGCCGAUCAAAUGAAUCGAAAACCACAACAGCGGGCACUCUACCGACUACAACUACUUCGACGGCAGCUGCGGAAGAAUCUGGUGUUAGUUCCGAUGCUAAAACCUCUGCGGCAGUAGGUACGCAAACUUCACGCUCUAAUUCUCCAGAUGACAUUCACGAAGCAGGCAGGCUGUCGGAUACAGUAGUACAGACAUUCAGACAUGUGUUGAAAACAGAAGAUGGAUAUAAUGGAUCCUUAUCGUCAGAAGAUUCUGAGUUGGCCACGGACAAAUCAGUGUCCACCGGUGGUUUCCUUAUUGACAACAACAGCGAAAAGGCCCUGUGUCUGGUGGGUUGUGGAGAAAAGUAUCGAAAGACUUUACGUUUAUCUUCUGAGCGCAUUAAAGAGUUAAACCUGCUAGAUGGUAUGAACGAAAUUGAAUUCAGUGUGACGACAGCCUAUCAAGGAACGACGCGCUGCAAGUGUUAUCUGUUCAAGUGGAAGCACAAUGACAAGGUUGUCAUUUCCGAUAUUGAUGGGACAAUUACGAAAUCGGAUGUUCUUGGUCACAUUCUGCCCAUGGUAGGCAAAUCAUGGGACCAGAUUGGUGUGGCACAACUGUUCUCUAAGAUAGAGGAAAAUGGGUACAAAAUGUUGUACUUAUCCGCACGUGCAAUCGGGCAGGCGAAGACAACCCGCGGCUAUCUACAGUCGAUUCGUCAAGGGGACGUAAAGCUGCCGGACGGUCCAUUGCUGCUCAAUCCGACGUCACUAAUGUCAGCUUUUCAUCGUGAAGUGAUUGAGAAGAAACCUGAGCAAUUUAAAAUAGCUUGUCUGAACGACAUUCGAGAUCUAUUUCCCGAACGAAAUCCAUUCUACGCCGGGUACGGAAACAGGAUCAAUGAUGUAUGGGCGUAUCGUGCAGUGGGUAUUCCGACGUCGAGAAUAUUUACUAUUAAUCCCAAAGGAGAGCUGAAGCAUGAACUAACGCAAACAUUCCAAUCGACCUACGCCAACAUGGCUUACAUUGUAGAUCAACUGUAUCCCCCGAUAAAACACAUCGAAGAGGAAGAUAACGAGUAUACCAGUUUCAAUUACUGGCGCGAGCCGGUGCCCGAGAUUGAUUUUGAUGCCUGUGACAUAUCCGGAUUCGCGUUACCAUCGUCGGGUGCUGCAUCGUAUCCGUUCACGGUGGCUUCUGGCAAGGUUACUCCCACGGCAACGCUAAUACAGCAAGCCUUGCCAACCAUUCCUGAGAACUGAACCAAAAGA